UUCCAGAUAUAUACUUGUUUAUAUACUUGGAUCUCUGGGACAGUUAGCACGAAAUAACACCAUAUCAGCGAUUCGCCACCGACCUCGCACCCAACGUCGACAACCGCAUUGCUCGCCACAAUGGCACAAGCUAGUACCCCCAGCAGGGUCAUCAACCACGUCGCAGUCUCCGUCGCAGACAUCGACGCUGUGGUAGCCUGGUACACGAAAGUAAUGGGCUUCCAGCUCAUCGGCAACAAAAUCCACGAAAUUCGGCGCUCAGAAACGCCCGACGCAGCCAUCUUCGGCAUCUACCCACAGUCGCUGAACGACGUCAAAAUCGCCUACAUGUCAACUGGCAACGGCGUCGGGUUUGAGAUCUUCGAAUUCAUGAACCCCUCUCACACACAACCGGAGAGGAGUUUUGAAUAUAACCGAGGCGGUUUCUUCCAUGUUUGCGUGACCGACCAUGAUCCCGAGUCAUUGGUUGAGCGGGUGGUGAAGGAAGGCGGUUCAAGAGUGGGGAAGAUGGUUAGGCUCGUGGAUGGAAUUAAGUGUGUUUAUGUCGCGGAUCCGUGGGGCAAUAUUUUGGAGAUCUUGGACACGUCCUUUAAGAGACUAGCUACUACUUCGGCAUAACCAGAUGUAUGUCGUUUCCUUGAAGUUUAGUUAAAGUUUUUGUGUCGGGAACAUUUUGAGAUACAGUACAAUUUGUG